AUGGGUUCUAUGGUCCUUCCCCAUCUCCAGAAUGCCUGGCAAGUCGACCAGGCCAUUCUCUCCGAAGACGAGCGUCUGGUCGUAGUCAGAUUCGGGCGCGACUCACAUCCUGACUGCCUGCGACAAGACGAUGUUUUGUCCAAGAUUGCAGACCGAGUCAAGAAUUUUGCUGUUGUAUACCUGUGCGAUAUCGAGCAGACGCCGGACUUUAAUGCUAUGUAUGAAUUGUACGACCCGAUGACGAUCAUGUUUUUCUUCCGAAAUAAACAUAUGAUGUGCGAUUUCGGAACUGGUAACAACAACAAACUGAACUGGGUCUUGGAAGAUAAGCAAGAACUCAUCGACAUCAUUGAAACUAUCUACCGCGGCGCAAAGAAAGGUCGUGGUCUGGUCGUUAGCCCUAAGGAUUACUCGACCCGUUACCGAUACUAG